AUGCCUCAACUCCAAACGCUCAACCUUUCCGACAAUCAAAUCACGGAAAUACCGGCAGAGUUCCCAUCUGCAGUACCUAACCUCGUCCAGCUAUUACUCUUUGGUAAUUUGUUGGCGUCAUUACCAGAUACGAUUGGUAGUGCUUGGGCACAGCUGCAGAAUUUGCAGCUCGGAUCUGAAUUUUCGGGGAAUCGACUAACGAAGCUACCGUUGAAUAUGCCGCCCGCGCUGCAAGUGCUGGAUGUAUCCCACAACCAGCUGAAGGAUAUGCAAUCAUUAUUAAGGCUGACUUACCUUGUGCAGCUGGAUGCAUCAUAUAAUCAUUUGCGAGCUUUGCCUAAAUCAGUAGCAACAACAUGGCAGCGUAUUCAGACGAUCAACAUCAGUAAUAAUCAAAUACGAUUGUUACCAGAAGGCCUUGUCGAUUUGAAUAACCUAGAGCUGCUCAAUGUCUCAUACAACCUUAUCAACGUAUUUCCGGAAGGAUUACUGGAGAACCGCCAACUAAAUGUUAUGAUCACUGGUAAUCCAUUAUCGUAUCCUGGGGAGCAUGGCUCAGCUUUCACCAGAGUACUAGCAGAGCAGCGACACCGACGUCGAUCAAGUAUUUCUUCAUCCAUGUCACCAUCAUCUUCAGACGGCGACAGCAGCGGCAGUAGUAGCAACUCGGAAUCCGAUGAUGGUAGCGGGGAUAGCAGUGACAGUGGCAUAAACGAAAUUGACAGCACAACAGUCCUGGAAGGCCAUAAUGUGAAUGACGAUAACAACAACAACUUUCUUCCAGAUGAUGAAAGCACACUCUUAAUAAAUCAUAUGACAUCAUCCAGUAGCCGAAUUUAUACACCAGAGUAUGACGAAGAUGACGGCCAUUGUGAUCCAGGCGUUAAUUCCCUUUACGAGCUGGCAUUCCGACAAAUCCUACAGUCUCCUUCGGACACAGUGCCGCCUAAUCUCUUACCAGACCAUCUUUCAAAGAUCCGCGACGGUGAUAAACAGGCUCAUAUGUGCGUUGUAUGCAAAGGUCCUUAUCUGCGGGAAUGGGUAUCGUCCACAUACUGUAGGAGUUAUCGAGGGUACCCAUCCGUGUCACGCAAGAUCCGCUUCUGUUCAAGACAAUGCUCUAGACGGCAUGCCGAAAAAGCAAGAGUGAUCGCUGAGCGACAAUCCACGAUGCGUAUGCCACCUGGUCCGAUCGAUUUUGGGUCAUUUGAAUGGAUCGCUGCCGCUGCAGAUGCGGCAGCUGAACAGCAAGCUGGCGAAGAAGACUGGUUUUGA